UUAAUUCAAGAUAAAGAAAUAGUAGACCUGAAAGUCGCUUGCUAUAAUAUAAAUGGUUUGAGAAAUACUAAUAGUUACAAGUUAGAAGGUCUGUUAGAUUGGGCUAUAGAGGAGGAUAUUGGAAUCAUAGGCAUGGCAGAAACAAACAUGAAGAGCAAAGAAGGCAAUUACAUGUUGAAAGAUAAUAGAGAUUUUAUUGGGUUUUGGGCUA